GGAGACAUGUCGGAGGCUGCCAUUCCAUUUCCGUUCCCCCCCAAAUCCUCCCGCCCAAUCUCCCCGCCGGCGGGACGAUGGGCGCCGCCCACGACGACGACGACGGCGACUUCGCCGCCACCCCGGCGCCCACGCCCGCGCCCGCGCCCGCGCGCGGGGUGUACCAGGUGAGCGGCGUGCCGGUGGAGUUCCCCUACAAGCCGUACGGCACGCAGCUGGCCUUCAUGGGCCGCGUCAUCGCCACGCUCGACCGCGGCCGCCGCCAGGGCCGCUCCCACGCGCUCCUCGAGUCGCCCACCGGCACCGGCAAGUCGCUCUCCCUCCUCUGCGCCGCGCUCGCCUGGCAGCGCCACUACCCGUUCCGCGCGCCCCCCGCCCCCGCCGCCCCCGACCCCCUCCUCCACGGCGGCGGCUUCGUCCCCGACGACACCCAGCAGCAGCCCACUCCCGGCAUCCCGGAGAAGGCGGCGGCGGCGGCCAAGAAGAAGAACGCGCCGACCAUCUACUACGCCACGAGGACGCACUCUCAGAUCACUCAGGUGGUCCGGGAGCUGCGCAAGACCUCGUACCGAGUGCGCAUGGCCAUCUUGGCCUCAAGGAAGCACUAUUGCGUCAACAAGACCGCAUGCAUGGCUGACUCAAUUGACGAGGAAUGCAAGAGGCUCCUAGACGACAAAGUUCAAGGAUGCCCAGAAUUCAAGAAUGCACAGAAACUGAGUCGUCAUCCAUCCCUUCAGACCGGUGGCUCCUAUGAAGUUCACGAUAUUGAGGAUCUUCUUAAGGUUGGAAGACAAGUCAAAGGAUGUCCAUAUUUUGCUGCGCAAACCAUGGCAGAAGCAGCUCAACUGGUUUUCUGCCCAUAUAACUACCUAAUUAGUCCAAUUGUCAGGAGAGCAAUGGACAUUAAUAUCGCUGGCUCAAUCGUUAUUCUCGAUGAAGCGCACAACAUAGAAGACAUAGCACGUGAUUCUGGAAGUGUUGAUGUUGAUGAAGAAUCACUUAACAGUCUCAAGGAAGAACUAGCAAAGUUAGCCACUGAUCAGGCUGUUGGAAAGAUAUACCAACCCUUGCAUGACAUCAUUGAGGGGCUUAGCACUUGGAUUUCUGCUCAGGAGGGUGAUCCACGAGAUAACGAAUUUGACCAUCCUCCUUCAUUUUGGACUGGUGAAAAUGCUGUGAAGGAACUCCAGAAUGCUGGUAUUACUCCUGCAUACUUCCCGAUAUUGCAGGAAUGUGCGACGAAGGCAGUUAAGGCUGCUUCGGAUACUGAGUCAGAGGGAGACCACUUAACUGGUCAUGGUGCUAUGACACUGGAGAGUCUAUUCUCCUCAUUGAGUCACUUUUUUGGUAGGAAUGGGCGCCAUUUGUAUGAUUACCAACUUGCUAUCCAACGGUUUGCUCACAGAGAAGGCACUUCUGCCUUUGGAGUGAGAAAUGUGAUGAGUUUGUGGUGCCUCAAUCCUGCUGUUGUUUUUCAAGACAUUGCAGAUCUAACCCAUUCAGUAAUAUUGACAUCUGGCACACUCUCUCCAAUGGGCUCCUUUGCAUCUGAACUCGGUGUACAGUUUGAUGCUUGCAUGGAAGCUCCUCACGUAAUCGAUGCUGAUUCUCAGGUUUUUGCUAGUGUACUGUCAUCUGGCCCAACAACACAUCGAUUGAAUGCCAGCUAUAAAACUGCAGAUGCAUAUUCUUUCCAGGAUGAACUUGGAGCUUCAAUAGAAGAAAUAUGCAGAAUAGUGCCUGGUGGUGCUCUAGUGUUUUUUCCUAGCUAUAAGCUGUUGGACAAAUUGAAAGUGCGCUGGUCUCAGACUGGUCAGUGGGCACGAUUGAAUGCUCGAAAACCGGUGUUUGUUGAGCCUAGAGGUAGUACUGAGGAACUCGAGCCUGUCCUAAAUGGAUACUAUAAUGCAAUCCUUGGUAAGGUUCCUCUUAAGAAAGGCAGAGGUGGUGCAAAACAAAUUGUGAAGAAUCGAGUGAGAAAGAAUUCAUCACAGGAAUCUGCUAAAGGAGGAGCUGCUUUUCUUGCAGUUUGCCGUGGCAAGGUAUCUGAAGGAAUUGACUUCUCUGAUGACAAUGCUAGGGUUGUUGUCAUUGUUGGCAUUCCGUUCCCAAAUAUAAAUGAUGUCCAAGUAAAGCUGAAAAAGAAAUAUAAUGAUUCCUACAAAUCAUCAAAGAAUCUUUUGAGUGGGAGUGAAUGGUACUGUCACCAAGCAUUUCGUGCUCUGAAUCAAGCUGCUGGUCGAUGUAUUCGGCAUAAAUUUGACUACGGAGGCAUAAUUUUGAUUGAUGAGCGAUAUCAGGAAGAGAGAAACCUUCUACACAUUUCAAAAUGGCUUAAAAACUCAAUUAAGCAUUAUGGUAGCUUCCAGGAGACAAUGGAUAAGAUGGAGAAGUUUUUUCAGAAGGCUGAGGAACAUAUUAAGAUCAAACGUCAAGAAAUGUCCACUAAGGAUAAGUUGGAUGACGAUCUACUUACAUCACACGGUGAUAAAAGAAAGUUGCAUUGGCCAGAACCAAAUUUCUCAAAACACUCAGUACUGCAAAGUAAUCUGAAGGGUAAGUUGGAUGACAAUCUACUUACAUCACAUGGUGAUAAAAGAAUUCUGCCUUGGCCAAAACCAGAUUUCUCAAAGCACUCAGUACAGCAAAGUAAUCAGAAGGUAAAGAACAAACAUGGCAGUCUGAAGGUUUCAAACAUUGAUGUUGUGGGAGUAGACCAUGAAAAUUAUGGCAGGCCUUGUACAUCAUCCGAAGCAUGCCAGGUCUCUUCAAAAUCUUCUGACUUCACAAAGAAAAAAAGCUCCCCUGUACCAGGAAGUCUUUCAACAGCAUGCCAACUUCCUCCAUCGCAUAAAAUUCAGAAUAAUUUGGAAGACGAAUCAGACAUUGGGGGAAAUCAUGCAGUCGAUAUAAAUGUUAUCGACUUGGAAAUUUGCGAUUCUAUGUCUGGGCAUGCAAAGUUAACAAUCUUCACUCCACCAGAAGACAGGUCGCAAGAGCCUACUCUUGUGGAAAGAACCUCUGCUAAGGAUCCAGUUGCUAGCCCCAGCAUUCAUUCUGAGGUAAAUACAUCCGCAGCGAUGGACAAUGGUGAAGAUCAGGUCAUAGGCGUGUCUGCUUCGCUCUCAACAGCUAACAGAAACCAAUCUUGCGUGUCAACAUCAGCGGGUACUCCUGAAAGAACAGCCAAUAGAGGUUAUCAUUUGGAUCAUGAAUCUUCAAUAGACAGAAGCGUAAAUUCUCAGUACCAGAAAAGGAGAAGGUUUAAUAUACCAGUGAGCUGUUGUACUGGCACAGAGCAUUCUAAUCCUUCUAAUCCUUCAAGCACAUCUUUCUGCAAUACUGAUUGUGCUGUUAGCAUGGCGUCCCGAGAUCUGAAGAGAACUGAUGGUCUGUGUUGUGAAAGUCUGAACAUGUCCAGGUGUGAAAAUUUCAAGCUUGAAAGAAGUCACAAGGCGGCAGAGUUUGCAUCAAAUAAAUCUGCAGGAACAAAGCUUGAUAUUCGUUGCACCACAUGCAAAACGCCACUUGGAUUACAGAAGGAUGGCUUUCUUGUUUCAUGUUCAUUGGCAUCGCCCUCAAAAUUGUACUUGACAUGUCUUUUGAGACAUGGGCUAUCAACUGUUGGCUUCGCAGAAGAUCUUAUGUCAUCGCCACCAGCUGUGGUAAAUGUUCUUGUAUGUGAAGCUUCUUCACUCAAUCAAGGGAUCCUUAGCAAAUUCUGCAGUGAAGGUUCUGCUCAUCAGUCCGGUGUUUGGUCUGAGAAGGAUGGAUGUGUAUACAAGCCAGUAACAUGUCCUUUCUGUCCUCGUGAAAAUUCUUUUGCCACGGUGCUCGGAGCGCAAGUUCUUGCAGCUGAUGCUUCAAAUCUGGAAUCAUUAAACAAGGUGCUCCUGUUUGCUGAUUGUUUGGAUCUCAAGCAUGAACCAUCAAAUGAACAGGUUGCAAGAGAUCAUACAGUUGCUAGUAAUCCCAUGGGGACAGAUGCUAGUAAACCCAUGUCACCCCCACCGGUGAUCGAUCUUGAGAGUUUUGCUUAUAAACCAGUGAAGAAGGAACCUGUGUCACUAAGCACACGGAGGUCCAAGCUUAGGUUACCUAGCACGAACAGAUCCACAAAACCACAACUGGUGCAUAACGUGGAGGACUCAUAGGAUGGAUUCGGGCUCGUUCAUUGGCGAACUAGGAAGAAUUUGUGCCUUAGCAGUCAGCACUACUGGCACACAUCAUCCUGGAAGAAGAUGCUAACUCAGCUGUGGGCUAGAUGAGUUGGAGGGAGAUGAGAUUUUUCAUUGAGGUCGAUGCAUGUUGUAAAUACAGAGCCAUAUGAGCAUUAGCAACUUUUGCUGUGCUGUGCGUAUUGUAAUUGUAAAUCUUAGGAAGGGCGACUGAACUUGGAACACUUCCACUGUAUCGAUGCAGACUUUUGAUUUUAUGUGUACUCAAAACAACAAUGACGUAAAUACACAAAAUUUCCAGUGUCUGUAUUUAUAAGGAUUGCUAUCCUCUCUGUAGUCAGUGGGUUGUUGAUAGUUUUAAUUCAACCAAAGCUGAGUUCUGUAGGCC